UUGUUUUUCAGUUGAAGGUCCAUUGCAGCUACGGUUGUUCUUGUGAAAAUUGCAUUAUUCGACGUUUAGAUAUUGCUUUAUAGUGUUUUUUUUCUUAAAUUUAAAGACUGUCUUGUUGAGAAGUAGUGGAUGGUAGAGUAAAAUACCCGAAGGACCAACUUUCCUUGUAUAUUGUGAUUUAAUUGUUCUUGUUUACGUUAGGGUCUGCUGGCCUACGACGUUCUAUUAGAUUGGUACAGUAGUUAGCUAGUUGUCUCGGUGGCAAAAUGGCGGCGAAAACGACCCAGACAGCUCCAGCUGCUAACUGGUCGUAUGGCGCAGCAGCAGGUCCAGAGGGCCAGACCGUCUCGGAAAACCCAGAGUGGGAGAAGGCCAGACAGGCACUGGCCUCCAUCAGCAAGACCCAGAGCGCCACCAAGACCGCUCAGGCCAACCGGACCACAGCUCAGGCUGGUCAGUUUCAGCCUGCAGUUACUGAGUCCACAGCCAUACAGCAGCAGCAACAGCAGCAGUACUACCAACAGUGGUACCAACAGAACCAGCAGCAGCCGUAUCCUGGAUACACCUACCCCUACAAUUACUACUACCCCAUGGCGGCUGGCCCCUAUGGUGGUGGUGGCUAUCCUCCUCAGGGCCAGUAUGGUGUACCUCCAGGACCUUACCCCUCUCCCACCACUCCAACUGGACAGCCUCCAUCCCUGCCCGUAAUGGAUGACCAGUCCUCCAGCUACCCCUCUCAGCCCCAACCCCCUCCUCCUGCUGCCCCUCAACCACCCCCCCAGAGCCCCACCAGCUCUGAGCAACCCCCACCCCCUCCUCCCCCAGCCAUCCCUCCCAACUCCCAGUACCCCCUUCCUCUAGGGCAGAACUCUUACAACCCCAACAACCCCAUGCCCUACCCCAACAAUGACCCCAACCAGAUGAGAGGUUACAACCAGGGCAGGCCCAGCUAUGGGCAGAGCUACCAGACUCAGAACUCGUACCAGCAGCAGCAGAAUAACAACCAACACCAGCAACAAGGACAGGGUCAGUAUGGACCAGGAGCUGGGAGAGGAGAGGCCAACAAAAACAAGAACCAUCAACAACAACAGCCACAGCAACAAGGACAGCAGCUCUGGCACCGCAUGAAACAGGCACCUGGAGCAGGUGCGAUGAAGUUCAACAUUCCCAAGCGACCCUACGUCAUGACCAAUCAGAGUUUCCCUCCUGGGGAACAACCCACCGGAUUGGCUGCUACUCCUUCCUCCCCAGCUGCUGCUCCUGCUGCACCUGGCGGUGCCCAGACACGAUCAAAACAACGACUGUUCUGGACAAAGGACACCUUGUCCAACAUUCUGACGGAAGAUCACCAAAAGCCCCAGGACUGGCCCCAGGCGAUGAAGGAGUAUGUUCAGCGCUGCUUCACAGCCUGUGAGAAUGAGGAGGACAAGGACCGCACCGAAAAGGGGCUGAAGGAGGUCCUACAGAAAAGACUACAGGAUGGGUCUGCCUACACCAUCGACUGGGACCGCGAACCUCUGCCUGAACUGAAGGCCAAGCAGUCUCGCUGGGAGGUUGUACCCACCCAGAGGACUCUGGAGAGUUCUGUGGGCCGUGGUGGGGGUACAGGUGGGUCUACGCGCGGCAGGGGUGGUGGGGCCAGGCUGGGGCACUACAGGAACGUCUUCUCCCAGAGAAGCCCCUCAUCCAGUUCCUCAGGCUCCUCCUCUCGCUCCCCCUCUCCCUCCCACAACCGUCACAGGGACCGCAAUGGCCAGAGACACAGACGCAGUGACUCUGAGUCCCAGUCGGACAGCAGCAUGUCCAGUGACCUCCGAACCCAGCUUCCCCGGCGCAACCAGAAAGGAGGGCGUGGCCGUGGGGGCGACAGGGACCGAGGCAGAGGGGGUGGAGAGAGGGGACGAGGAAGGGGCGGAAGAGGCAACAGAGGACGGAGAAACAUGGAUGACGCUAACUCCACCGUCCUGGGCAAGAAGAGGAAAGGUGGGAACGCCGGCCUGGACUUCCACGACCCCCACCGGGAGGCCAAGAAACAAAGCCGAGCGGCACGCUUCCACAACACCAAGAUGCGCUCAGAGCCCCUGGUGCUGUCCAUCAACAACCUGGAGCUGCCCAAGGAGGACCUGAGCUGGGACGACUGCCCCAUCGUGGGCACCUGCCAAGAGAUUACCAAGAUCUACCUGAGACUCACCUGUGCCCCCGACCCUGCCACCGUGCGUCCUGUAUCUGUGCUGAGGAAGUCUCUGUUGGCCGUGAAGGCCCACUGGAAGACCCGUCAGGACUACCCCUACGCCUGUGAACAGAUGAAGUCCAUACGACAGGACCUCACAGUCCAAGGAGUUCGUACAGAGUUCACAGUGGAAGUAUACGAGUGCCAUGCACGCAUCGCUCUGGAAAAGGGCGACCACGCAGAGUUCAACCAGUGCCAGAUGCAGCUGAAGGCCCUGUAUAAGGACAACCCGUCAGAGAACAUAGGGGAGUUCACUGCUUACAGACUACUCUACUAUAUCUUCACUAAAAACUCUGGAGACAUCACGACUGAGCUGGUGUACCUGACUGCGGCGCUGCGGGCGGAUGAGUGUGUCUCCCACGCUCUCUCCCUCCGCGCCGCCUGGGCUCUGGGAAACUUCCACCGGUUUUUCCAGCUCUACCGGAGAGCCCCACGCAUGGCAUCCUACCUCAUAGACAAGUUUGUAGAGAGGGAGAGGAUGAUCGCUCUCAGGGCCUUAUUCAAAACAUUCAGACCAGACUUGCCGGUGGAGUAUGUGCAGUCCAGUCUGGGUUUCCUUUGUUUAGACUCUUGCAUGGCCUUCCUCACAGGCCUGGGGGUCACCUUCUUCCCCUCUGACCCCAGCAAGAUAGACUGCAAAACCAGCUCAGCCUGUCUGGCAGCCUCCUGAGGGGGUGGGCGGUUUACCGGGGAGGGGGAAAGCACAGUAAAGGGAGAUACUGAGAUAUAGACAGGGUCAGGAAUGUACCCUACAGUUAUACUGCACUACACUUCAGGAGGGAGACAAGUGGUUAGACUGAAACUACAAUUUAGUCCUGUAGAAAGAGGGAGAUAUGCACUAGGACCCACUAAAUCACUUAAGGCUGAAAUUCAGUGAGGAUCCCACCCACAGAUGCACUGUACUCACAGAUAUGGACUGUAUAACAAGAGUGGGGGAGAUUAUCUGCAUACAUGCUGCACAUCAAAUACAUUUAGAAUAGCUUAGCCCCACAUCUCUGAUCAGCUCAAGAUAUUAAUUAUACCUUCGACUUAGAACGUUUUUAUGACGAACAGAUGAUGUUAGGCAUUAGUUCAAGUUAAGACCUGAAGAUCAAGCGCCAACUCACACAGAUCAGGGAACAGCGUAGCCUCAAGGUCUCCCUUCCACUAUCGCUCUCAGAAGUUUUAAGCUAACAGUGUUCUGUUAUGUUUUUCCUUCCCUCAAGUCAACAGCCUCAAACUCAUGCGAAGACAAGCCUUGAGAACCCAAGAGAGAGAUGAAAACGAAAUUAGCUAAAGUCAUCCCUCAAGCCCUCAUUCAACAGGCUGCUCAUCCACUCCAAAACCAAACCAUCAACCAGAGAAGAGGUUUGUCUGUUCAGGUGUUCAGCUCUAGAGACUGUGCUAGCCCUUUGCUGCUUUCAGGAAGCCUUUGUGAUCCAGCGUCCAAUCCGGGAGAGGAGGAGAUGGUGGUUUGUAUGUCCUGCCCCCCCUUCCCCCAAGCUGUCUACGAUUGGCGAUCAGGUGGGGAAAGUUACCCCCACUUCCUGUUCCGGCGUAGCCCUGCACACUUGGCAGAAAGGUAUUGACUGAGAAAUCUAAAGGUUCUGAUUGGCUCCUUGCCCAUGUUGGCCACAGCCAUCCUUACCCCACAGUUGUCCGCUACCCACGGUCCCCUGCUUCACCCUUCAACAGUCAUCACCCAGAGUUCACCAAAGUUUGACCACAAAGUUUACAUCCCAGUUAUAUCUGCUCUCUAAUAUAGAAGAUCUCCAAGCCUGGCGUCUAGUCCCUUCUGGUAGGCAUUGACUUAUAAAGUGUGAUGGUGGAUACAGUCCCCUAAUAUUUACCAAGAAUGGCCUCCGCAAUCCCUCGGUAUGUGUCCAGGAGGCAGGAUAUCCACCUCUAGUCCAUCUAUCCCCUGAGAGCAGACAAGGAGGCAGUCUCCCACCCCUUAAGAGUACCAAAUAACCAAGUUGAGGCUCUGGGCAAGCCUGUGGUGUUUCCUGAGUUACCUGAUCAACAGCCCCCUCAGCAGCAUGGAAUAGCAGUCGUCAAGCACCCCCACCACACAGGAAGAAGUCAGCUCCAUCAAGAUGGUGGCAAAGUCUCCACCUUCAAAUAUGGUGGCUGGAUCAGUUCUGCCAUACGGAGAUGAGAUCGCUGUCUGUGCAGAUGGCGGCAACGUCUGGGUUUGUAUGCUCCACACUCCGUUCAAUAAGGCUGAGUAUGUAUGUAUGGCUGGUAAGAAAAAGGACUCUUGGUGUGCUGGAAGGAGGUGGAUGACAGCACAGCAUAGAUCACCCAGUAUUCACUAUUGGCUCAUUCACAAACACUAACCAUUGGUUUGGGUUAAGGUGUAUGAUAUCAAGUCUAUGGUAAUUGCUUAAAUUCCAUCCACGUGAUAGUGUGUCUGAAAUUGUGAUAUAAAAUGAAGGGUGCCAGUAUUAACCCUUGGGGAACACCCCUCAUUUGCAAGACAAUGAAGCCAAACUGUCAAAUUAUGCAGGUGCAGAUUCACAAAUUCAGGUUUAAAAGGUAACUGUCUUCUCAAUUGAAAAUUGUCAUAUUCUGCCACAAAACAUUAGUUUAGGACAUUAAUGUUUGACGGCUAAAGCAUACAAGACUCUGCUUAUCAAAUGUUUGUCUGUAAUCAAAUAAUCUGCUUAUUUAUUUAAAGCUAAGAAAUCAUGUGAUAUUUCUAAAACCCCAUUGUAGACAUUUUGGUUUUCAGUAAAGGCAGGUGAGAGUGAAGGAUUGUAGAGUAGUUAUUUUGGGGUCCUAUCCAGCAGUUAUACAUUAGGCUACAUCCCUGUGUAUACUCUUGAUAAGAUCUGAAGUGAGGAGACUAGUGUGGGGAGUUAAUUGUAAAUCAACAUAAUUGGCAAUACAUAAAUAGAACCUAGACAUGGAACAUGAGUUGGUGAUAUCAGUUGAUCUAAUAUCAGCAUAUUGUUGUUUUCAGGCAUGACCUUGAAGAGUAUUUACUUGAUUCACAUCAAAGCUUGAGGUAUUUUAGUGAGUUCAGUGCCAUUGCGGAGAUAUCAAAUGUAUUUGUCACAUGCGCUGAAUACAACAGGUUCAGACUGAAAUGCUUACAUACGAGCCCUUUCCCAACAAUGCAGAGUUAAAAAGUAAGAAAAAUUAUAUAAAUAAAAGGGAUUUGGUAAUACAAUAAAAUUAUAUAAUAACUAACGAGGCUAUAUACAAGAUAUGACUCUACUUUCAGGAUGAACAGAAGUCUGUGCUGUAACAUGUCCUGUGUGCUCAUCCAUAGAGUAGAUGUGUCAGUAUCUAAUGUACAUUGUUAUGGAUUGUUGGCCUUUUUUCUUCUCAGUAACUAUUCAUUGGACAUUUUGAUAUGUUUUAUGUUUACCAGGGCAAGUGUAAUUUUGACAAACGUAUAUGGUGAAUGAGAAGCUGAAGCAUUUUAGAUAUGGGUAAUAAACACUUAAUUCUUUAAGACAAUUGAUGUGAAUAUGUAAAUUAUAAUUACAAAUCUAAAAAGGUGGAUGAUUUGGAAUACAUUGCCUGUUUUUGAUAUUGCCGUGGAUUUAAAUGGGGAAUUGAUAGUAACUGCUUUUUGUAGUGCAAACACGCGUGAUUUCUACCCUAUAUUUUUGACCGCUUAUUCAAUAAGUGCAGGACAGAAGGUUUAUAUUUUGGGCUUUUACAGGGAUUGAAAAUGGGAUAUUUGCUGUAUAAACCAAAUAUUUUUCUUGCCAAAUUUCCCUUGGUUGACCACUUUCAUUUCUUACUCAUUUUUUAAAAUGCUCAUCUUCUGUAAACCCAUUUUUGUUUUUAGAUUUUAUUUAAUGCAUUUCUGUCAUCUCAAUCUUUCUGGCUAUCUGUACUCAUGAACCCCUUAGAGCAGUGGUAUUCAAAGUCAGCAUCGUGACCCAUGAGGGAAAUGCGAAAACAUUCAUAGGUCAUAAUGUAUGGGACAAUAUAGAAACGUUUUUGAAAAGGAUCGUUUGAAAAAUCAAUUUUUAUUGACUAAAUGUAUUUAUUGGUUUAUUUUAAUUUCGAUGAGAUGAACAUGUAAUGAAUUUGAUGUAAAAAAAAAUUUAAAGGGUGUCAGUAGGUUUGGAAAUUCUUCUGGCCCAAAAAAAUGGUCCCCAGAAAAUCUGGUGGAAAAAAUGAUAUCCCCGCUGAAAAAGUUUGAAUAUCACUUCCUUAGAGAUAAGUAAUGUACUAAAACCACCACACAACAUCCUGAUGGCAAGAGAAAGGUUUGGUUGAAGGCACUGCACUCCCAUCAGCCAAGAAACAAACUGUGUGUGUUUGUGUUGCUCAAGUCUCCCGUUUGUCAAUUUCUUUGGAAGUAGUUUGUCAAAGAGCAAACCCAGACCGGUUUCAGAUUAACAGUGACUUGGCUGGUGUGAGUCAGUGUUUUGAUAUGGUAAAAUAUCAAUAUGGUAACGUUAUUAAUAUUCUUAAUGAUUGGAUUGAGAGAGCCUGUGAGAGAUAUAUAUAUAUAACUGCAGGAUCAGUUUCAUUAUGAAUGUCUGGAUGAGUAAUCAGUCUACCCAUUUAUAGAUCCCUUUGUUUCAUUUGACUGGCACUAUUUUGUGUGAUAUGUGCUCGCUUCGGUCAUUAAUUUCAGCAGUUGUACUCAUGACUCAACUUGUCCCUUCUCUCCUCAUCUUCCUAUCCUCGGUCCCUCUUUACUUUUCCCCACUCCCAUUACCAGUCCUUUUCUCUUAUUUUUCUUCUUGCAGUACUGCAUUACAGGAGCAAAAGGAAUGUGAAAAGAGAGCACCUCCUCCCAGCCUCCAGAAGCAAGCUGGAGAGAGGGAAAAGUGUGAGAAAUGGAAGACUUGAUACUGCCAACUCAAGUUCAAGCCAUUUUGUCAAUAUGACCUGAAAUGUUGCAGUGUCUUAUACAUGGGAGCCUGACUUCAAUUGUUUUAGUCAAGUCUUUUGAAUGUAUUUUAUUUGACUAUCCUUAACUUGAAUCAAGAAAACAUUCAAUGUCAGAUUUGUUCCACUCUAGUUUGCCAGAAACAAUUUUGGAACACUGUUGAAAGUUCUGUCUAUAGUUAGGAAGGCCUAUACCUCUAAACCAUCAUGUGUUAAUGUAUACUGUUUGUCCAGAAACAUUUGCAUGCGUUCUUGUUUUUCAUAACCAGGGUGUUCCCUAGAAAUUGCUUUGUCAUUAUGUCAACUUCUCAAGUACAGAUCAAUAUUUGGUAAGGCAACCUUUUUUGGUCAGUGAAUAUUUGGCGUCUGUAACCUCGAUGCAUUUUGUCAGCUGCCUCUCAUGUGGUCUACCUGUAAAUUAAUUUGCCCGCAUUUGGUAUUUGUCGUAAUACAAUGGGAGUUAUUUUAACUUGGAAACACAUUCAUAAGUAUCUCUAGCAUGUAAACAACUUUUUGGGAUUUGAAAUGGAUCUGGACAUACAGCAUACAAUUUCCAUUAUAUCAAGGAAAAUACUCUAUUCCAUUCUAGAUAAGAACAUUUUUUAUCUGCUUAUAUUUGGCCACAUUCCUGUCAGUUUUGAGUAGUCCGGUAGUAGUUGGCUCCCAUAUCAGAAUGUUGCUCCGUCUUGCUCUGUACCUUUCCUAAACAGGAUGCUUUUCUGUCUUGUCUCUGUUGAUUUCAGACACCUCUUCAACAGUGAAGUCAAGUUCAUGUAGCGUGCUAUCUCCUGGUCAGAUGUUUAACAUUGCACAACCUCUCAUAUCUCACAUUGAUGCUUUAGUUCU